AUGAGCAACAUCUCCAAAGCCCUCCAGGGCUUAAAACGCUUCACAACCUGCGACGUACGUAAUUCCCCCCUUUCCCUCCCCAUUCUUGAAUUAACCCAGCCACCCCACCAGAUCGGCGAUGCCCUAGUCAAGCUCAAACAGCCCUACGGCGGUUAUCUAGACGGGCUGAAAAUGUACUCCCCAGGCGGUGGAAGCAUCUACGGCCCAGCCAUCACGGUGAAAAUGGUCGAGACGAAUAGUCCCGGCCCAAUGCCGCCGAUGCAUUUCGCCGAUGCAAAUAAGGAGGGCCAUAUCAUGUACAUUUCGCAGCCGAAGGGGAUGUACUCGGCGUGUUGGGGUGGUCUUAUGUCAACUCGGGCGCAGAAAUUGGGCAGUUUGGGGACGAUGAUUGAUGGGCGGAUGCGAGAUACGAGGGAGCAUGUUGAGAUGGGAUAUCCGGUCUUUGCUCGAGAUACGGCGGUCCCUGGAUCAAAUACUUUUACUCGUGCCUCGGAGAUUAAUGUCCCGGUGCAAUUCAAAGGCGAUCUUUGGGUCUAUCCGAAUGAUAUUCUCGUUGGUGAUGAGAAUGGUGCCGUGGUGGUCCCGCCGUCCUUGUUGGAACAGGUAGUUGAGCUGUGUCAGGAACGAUUUGAGAUUGAUGAAAAGACUAUGCAGGCUUUGCGGGCAGGUGAACCCAUGGGUGCAACGAUUAAGAGACUGCGCAAGUAG